AAAGGGAAGAAAGGCAAAGCCAAAGGCACCCCGAUUGUCGAUGGGCUCGCUCCAGAGGACAUGAGCAAGGAGCAGGCUCCUGGAGACGGCAGCAUGUGGCAAGCACGGUGCACCCUCUGGCUUCUGCCCUGAUGGACGACUGCCUGUGAGCACCUGACAUGGGACAUGAGGGCUGUGUCAACUCUGUGUUACUGUUAAUAAAUCUUACCUUCUUUUGAUAGUUGUAAGAUAAAAAAUCGAUACGAAGGAGACUGAAAGAGCCACAUGACCUGAAGUUGGAGCUAGGCAGAGGUCCUUGAAUAAUGGUAAAGAAUGGCUUUAUUUUACAUGCAGGGAAUCCAUUCGCAGUUUAAGCCAGUGGCUAAGCAGAGAGGUGAUGGGGUCAGUUUAAGCCAGUGGCUAAGCAGAGAGGUGAUGGGGUCAGUUUUGUGUUCCGGAAAGAUGUCUGGAGCUGCUGGGUGGACAAUGGAUUGAACAUUGCUUUGCCCCAGCAUGUGAGCUGUUGCCCGUCUCCCUGUUCGCUUCCCAUUCCUGUGGAGACAGGCCUUGUGGGGCAGCGGCCAUGCAGUCUACGGGGCAGGCCCUUGCACUGCACAUCGCACAUUGAGCCACAGACUCAGAAGGCUUCUUCAGGGUCCAGGCAGGUGGGGAGGGACGGGGGUGACCUGGAGACUCCUGCCCUGCAGCAGAGGACAGUUUCAUCGUUUCACUGGGGAGUGCCCUGUGGGCCUAGGACUUCAGUGCUGUUUUUUUCUGAUUUUCCAAGAGAAGCUGGAAAUCUGGAUGUUUAUAAGAAAUCUGAAUAUUGAGUGAUGGCAAAAUCUCAACACCAUGUGAGCCAAACAGACCAGUCAGGAUCCCUGGUUCAGGCUCUGCCCAGGAGCCACUAAAGGUCUGUGACAUGAAGACAUUUGUCGUUGUGCUGAGGCACUGGUUGGAUUCGGGGGUGCUGUGUCUCCCUCAUGUCCGCCCGGCAUCCUCAGCUCAGAACCCCUCCUGCUGCUCCUUCUUGAUUGGUCGUUGUCUUGUCUUCUUUUGAGGUGAGAAAUGUGUUUUCCCUGUGGGGAAUGUGGUGUUGAGAAAUAAAAAGGCCUACAGUAAGUGGCCUGGGGCUGUGCCCGAAAAGUAACUGAUUCUGAUGGAGUCUGGCUCUGUUGCCCAGGCUGGAGUGCGGUGGCGCGAUCUCGGCUCACUGCAAGCUCCGCCUCCCAGGUUCACGCCAUGCUGCUGCCUCAGCCUGCCCGGUAGCUGGGAUUACAGGUGCCCGCCACCACGCCCGGCUAAUUUUUUUCUAUUUUUAGUAGAGAUGGGGGUUUCACCGUGUUAGCCAGGAUGGUCUCGAUCCCCUGACCUCACGAUCUGCCUGUCUCGGCCUCCCAAAGUGCUGGGAUUACAGGUGUGAGCCACCGCGCCCGGCAGUAACUGAUUCUUAAGGGAAAUGAGCUCCCGAGAAAGCUGGAAGCCUGUCCUACAUUUUUUUUUAACCUAUUUGCAGAUUUGCAGUUGAACCCUCUUGAGGUUUAGGAGUCUACUGGUUUUGUAUAUUUUUUGCUUAACAUUAUAUCUUUAAAAGUGAAUUUUGUUUUCAUUUAGCAUUAUUAUAUGAAUUUGUUUAAAUGCUGCUACAUCAUUUGCAUAUUUUUUUUGGGGUUAAUGUGAUAUUUCUCCUAGUUGAUAUACUCUAAUUUUUCAACCAUUUCCAUAUUUAUUUAUUUAUUGUUUAGAGACAGGGUCCCGCUCUGUCACCCAGGUGGAGUGCAGUGGUGUGAUCACGGCUCACUGCAGCCUCGACCUCCCAGGUCCAAGCAAUCCUCCUACCUCAGUCUUCUGAGUAGCUGGGACUAUAGGCAUGUGCCACCACUCCUGGCUAAUUUUUUUUUUUUUUUUUUUUGUAGAGACAGGGUUUUGCCAUGUUGCCUAGGCUGGUCAACUCUGGGGCUCAAAAGAUCCUCCCACUUUGGCCUCCCAAAGUGGUGGGAGCCACCAUGCCUGGCUGUUUGUGUAUUUUUUGAGACAGAAUCUCACUCUGUCACCCAGGCUGGAGUGUAGUGGCGUGAUCAUAACUAACCGCAGCCUCAACCUCCUGAGCUUGAGUGACCUUUCCACCUCAGCUCUCCCAGUAGCUGAGACUGUAGGCGCAUGCCAUCAUGCCUGGUUAAUGAAAAAAAUGUUUGCAGAGAUGGGUCUUGCUAUGAUGCCCAAGCUGGUCUUCAGCUCCUGGGCGCGAGGGAUCCUUCCACCUUGGCCUCCCAGAGUGCUGGGGUUAUAGGCGAGAGCCACCGCGUCUCGCUUAUUUCCCUGUUUAAACUGGUCUUAGAUUAUUUCCUUUUUGAUAUUUUUGCUGUUGUAAUAAUGGUGUGGGUAAUAUCUUUGAGCAAGAUGCUCUUAUAUUGCUUUUGAGAAAUUUUUUAGGCAUACAUUCUCAGUAAUGGAUGAAAGGAUAUAGUUAUUUUGUGAUUAUUGGCCAAAUUGAAGAGAAUUCUGCCAGUUGCUGAACGUAUUCUGUCUCUGGAGCUUCCUAGCCUUAUAUUUUAACUUUUUACAUUCAGCUGUUUAUUUUUAGGUGAAGUUGAGUCCUCCCUCUUUCUUCCUUGCCUUUCUCCGGCCACACGCCCCUUUGCUGUGCAUGGGCCCCUGCUCGGUGCCUCACCUGACCCACUGCACCUGGCCAGGUGGAGGAGCAUGUCAGCCGCAUCCGGGAGGAGCUGGACCGCGAGCGGGAGGAACGAAACUACUUCCAGCUGGAGCGGGACAAGAUCCACACCUUCUGGGAGAUCACACGGAGGCAGCUGGAGGAGAAGAAGGCUGAGCUGCGGAACAAAGACCGGGAGAUGGAAGAAGCCGAGGAGAGGCACCAGGUGGAGAUCAAGGUGUACAAGCAGAAAGUGAAGCACCUGCUAUAUGAGCACCAGAACAACCUGACAGAGAUGAAGGCUGAGGGCACCGUCGUCAUGAAGCUGGCACAGAAGGAGCACCGCACACAGGAGGGUGUGCUGCGCAAGGACAUGCGGGCACUGAAGGUGGAGCUCAAGGAGCAGGAGCUGGCCAAUGAGGUGGUGGUGAAGAACCUGCGGCUGAAACACACCGAGGAGAUCACCAGGAUGCGGAAUGAUUUUGAGAGGCAAGUUCGAGAAAUUGAGGCCAAGUAUGAUAAGAAGAUGAAGAUGCUGAGGGACGAGCUCGACCUGCGGAGAAAGACUGAGCUCCAUGAAGUGGAGGAGAGGAAGAAUGGCCAGAUCAACACGCUGAUGCAGCGCCACGAGGAGGCCUUCACUGACAUUAAGAACUACUACAACGACAUCACCCUCAACAACCUGGCCCUCAUCAACUCCCUCAAGGAGCAGAUGGAGGACAUGCGGAAGAAGGAGGACCACCUGGAGAGGGAGAUGGCAGAGGUGUCUGUGCAGAACAAGCGCCUGGCAGACCCUCUCCAGAAGGCUCGGGAGGAGAUGAGCGAGAUGCAGAAGCAGCUGGCAAACUACGAGAGGGACAAGCAGAUCCUGCUUUGCACAAAAGCCCGUUUGAAAGUCACGGAGAAGGAGCUGAAAGACCUGCAGUGGGAGCAUGAAGUGUUAGAGCAACAAUUCACCAAGGUGCAGCAGGAGCGGGAUGAGCUUUAUCGGAAGUUCACUGCAGCCAUCCAGGAGGUGCAGCAGAAGACAGGCUUCAAGAACCUGGUGCUAGAACGCAAGCUGCAGGCUCUGAGCGCUGCUGUGGAGAAGAAGGAGGUGCAGUUCAACGAGGUCCUGGCUGCCUCUAACCUGGACCCUGCAGCCCUGACGCUGGUGUCCCGCAAGCUUGAGGAUGUUCUGGAAUCGAAGAACAGCACCAUCAAGGACCUGCAGUAUGAGCUGGCCCGGGUCUGUAAGGCCCAUAACGACCUGCUGCGCACAUAUGAGGCAAAGCUGCUGGCCUUCGGGAUCCCUCUGGACAACGUGGGCUUCAAGCCCUUGGAAACAGCUGUGAUCGGACAGACGCUGGGCCAGGGUCCCGCGGGACUGGUGGGCACCCCGACGUAGCUGCCCCCCUGGGGGGCCACAGCCCAGAGAGCCAGCCUAGGAACACUCUCGGGAUGACACCCCUUUUCACACCAAGGACAGCACGUUUUUUAGAUUUUAUCAUCAGCAAAUGAAAGCUUUUCACAUGUUCUUGCCAGCCUCUUUCUGGCUCUGUGGAGGACCCUCACCCAUGGCGUCCCUGUCGCUCCCUUCCCUGGAGGAGAACCACCUGCAGGACCCUCACCCAUGGCGUCCCUGUCACUCCCUUCCCUGGAGGAGAACCACCUGCAGGACCCUCACCCAUGGCGUCCCUGUCGCUCCCUUCCCUGGAGGAGAACCACCUGCAGGACCCUCACCCAUGGCGUCCCUGUCGCUCCCUUCCGUGGAGGAGAACCACCUGCAGGACCCUCACCCAUGGCGCCCUGUCGCUCCCUUCCCUGGAGGAGAACCACCUGCAGGACCCUCACUCAUGGUGUCCCUGUUGCUCCCUUCCCUGGGUGCAGCACGUCCAGCCUGUGUCCAGGCCUACUCCCUGGCCUCACCUCCGACCACAGUCAGCAGCAUCUUCUCAGAGUGCCCCGCACUCACCUGGGGGCUGAGGCCGUGCCGCGCUGUGCUGCCUGUCUUCACGCCACUGUUGUCCCAUCGAAUGGAUAGCUUUGCAGGUGCUGGCACUGACUUUAUUGACACCUGAGUCACAGCUGCCCAGUGGGAUUCUCCAGGGGGCCAGGAGUUCCCUAGGAAGUGGUGAGCCAGUGCUCCCUGAUGAGCACGAAGCCCGCUCUGUUGAGGGCUGGGUGGGCGCAGCCAGCGUGUGGGAAAGGGCAGGCAGCCUCCCGCUGCCAGUCUUCGCUCUAGCUCCCUCGGUAGGUGGUGUAGGACCAGGGGCUCAGCAGCAGGGGCACGUGGAACUUCUGGGCCUUGCUGGUGAUGGUGAAAACAACCUGAGACGCAGAGGCCAGGAGAGAGUAUAAGGGGAUGGCAGCAAACCACCUAUCUGGCCCCAACACCGCUGGGAGAAUUCAGCAGCCCAGACUGAGGGUCUGGGAUGGGGUGAACCUUCCGCACCAGAGGGACACUCCACAGAAGCCACAGCCCAGCAAGUCAGGUGCUUCUGUGGUGGCUGCAGUGUGGAGUGAGGCAGUGAGGUUAGGCCCCGAGAGCUGGAGUUGGCUCAGAUGAAAACCUCUGUCAACAAAGAGGGGAUGAAUCACCCUUGGCCCAGCCUCCCCACAAAGCCUGACCCUGGGCAGGUGAGUGACGGGUGUGUCCUCAUAGAGUCUGUUGCUGCCUGGACACCUUUCUUUUGGGAGCUCAAAGCAAGUGAGCUCACCUACCUGCCACCACCCAGGACCAGUCUGCCCACUGCCUAAAUGAUGCCCGGCCAGCAGGACCUGGCCUGCAGAUCCCAGUGAGUCAUGGGCCUCAGCCCCCUCCAGCCCACUGGGGCUCUCACCUCCACAUAUGGGUAGAAGCUUUCCUGUCCCCUCUUCCUCCAGUAGCCCUCGGUGUCGAAGGUGAGCUUGUAGGUGCCUGCCUUCAUCUGGUCCGGCGUCAGGAGUCCAGGACAACGGCCAUCUGGGUCUGUGUAGCUGGGGAGAGGAUGAGGCUGCAGAGAUGGGGACCAGAAGCCCCCCACCCCAGCUUUCCUGGGUCUGCAUCCCAGUGGGCCUCAGACACUGCCCUGCCACCUGUCAGACUUGGGUGAGCAGACACAGUGAGGCUGUUAGGGCCUGCAGUUCCAGAGCAGUCUAGGGACACCACUGCCCUGUCUUUAGGAAAUCACAACACAGAGAAGCAAAAAGGGAAAAAGUCUCCCACAAUUUAUCCCAUGAGCAAUAACCACUUUAUAGCUGGCAUAUAUUUUCCAGAUUUUUCUCUAUGCAUAAGUAUAUUUGUUUACAAACUUAAAAUAACUCAUAAAGUGGAUUAUACUA